UAAGUCGGCUCCAUCAACCAUCAGUUCUUCUUCUCUCCCUCCCACAAAUCAAGGUACAACUUUCGAAGCAAGAGGUUCAACUCAAACCAGUCCAAAGCGAUCGUACCAUGUGCUACGGCAGAGAGCGAUUGCCGUCGAGAGAAGAUGCCCUGGGAUUCCGGCCUCCGGUGGAGAACGAAAAUGCGAUAGUGGUGGAGAAUCUGAGAGAGCGGCUCGCCGAGACGGAGGCGCGGCUCGAGCGAGCCAGGGCGAGGGAAGCCGAGCUGAGCCUCCGCCUGGAGGAGAUGAAAAAGUUCGUCCGCGUGAUGGAGAUACUCGAAACCUACCUCCGGCGCCGAUUCAGCGAUCAGCGAGACGACGUCGUUCGGCGUUGCUCUUCUUCGCCUUCUUCUGUUUUGGUACCUUGAUUUUAUUCCCCCCCCCUUUUUUUUUUUUUUUUUUUCUGAAUUUGGUUGCAGAAGCAGAGAUUGUGUAGUUGUGUAGAAAAAAAAAUUAAAUAGCAUAAUUGAUUAAAUUUCCAUGUGAAUCAACGAUCUUCUUUAUAUAUAUCAUGAGAUUCAAUGUUUUAGAUCAUAAUUUCAUGAAAUUUACAUCAUUUUUCGUUUGGGUGAAAAGAUUAAUUUUCAAGAGUUGGUGGAUUUGAUAUUCAAGAUCUUAAGGAGAAAUCUUGUGUGAAGAAUAUGUGUGGUGGUUUUAGUAAAUAGAACUGAUAUAUGUUUUAA